CUAGCGCCACCCGCUCCGCUCUCCCGAAUUAUUUCUCACUCCUUCCCCCUAUCUGUGCUUGCUCUCUCUAAUCUCUCUCCACAGCACCAAGCCGGAGAAUUCAAACGGUACAAGUAGAGGGAGAGCAGCGCGGCGCACCACCUGACCCAACCGACCCACCAUAGCAAACGGCUGCUCCUCCGCCUCCGCCUCCUCCUCACGCGUGCGCACCGGCGGCGGCCGCGGCGGCGCGGCCUGCAGCUCUCGACCUCCACGCCGCCGGAUCCCUCCCCUCCUCUUCCGGCGCUGAUCCAGUGUCCAUUUUCUGCAAGAAUUUGUGAGAAGACUUGGUUCUUGCUGCAUUCCCCAGCCUUCUGGUUGCAGUUCCUUUCCAAUUCUAGGAAUUUGUGGUUUAGAUUAGACUGUGAAAAAAUGGGUGCGUCAAGACCACCAACCACCCCUGCAUCGAAGGCUGAGCGCACACCGAUGUCGACCCCAACCCCUGGUGGCAGUUCAAGGGCCAAGGAGGAAAAGAUCUUUGUUACAGUGCGGUUGCGGCCAUUAAGCAAGAAGGAGCUGGCUGUGAAGGAUGAAGUAGCAUGGGAGUGCGCUGACAGCCAGACAAUCUUGUACAAGGGCCCGCCACAAGACCGGGCUGCACCGACCUCUUACACUUUUGAUAAGGUGUUUGGGCCAGCUUGCCAAGCAGAUGUGGUUUAUGAAGAUGGAGCCAAGGAUGUUGCAAUGUCUGCAUUGACAGGCAUUAAUGCCACCAUUUUUGCAUAUGGGCAAACAAGCAGUGGUAAAACAUUCACGAUGAGAGGCGUUACAGAGAGUGCUGUUAAUGAUCUUUAUAGGCACAUAGCUAACACUCCUGAGAGGGAAUUUGUUAUCAAGAUAUCUGCUAUGGAAAUUUACAAUGAGAUUGUGAAGGAUCUUCUACGACCUGACUCUGCCCCCCUUCGAUUGUUAGAUGAUCCCGAGAAAGGAACCAUUGUGGAGAAGUUGCAAGAAGAAAUUGCUAAGGACAGCCAACAUCUAAGGCAUCUAAUCAGCAUCUGCGAAGAACAAAGACAGGUCGGGGAGACUGCGCUAAAUGACACCAGUUCACGUUCCCACCAAAUCAUUAGGCUGACACUCGAUAGCAGGCUCCGUGAAGUGUCAGGAUGUGUCAAAUCUUUUGUUGCUAGCCUGGUAAGCAUACUGUCCUACUUUUGGAAUUGGUAUGCUGAAUUCCGUUAUCUGAAUAAUUGCUUGCUUUGUUCACAGAAUUUUGUUGACCUUGCUGGAAGUGAACGAGCUGCACAAACACAUGCAAUUGGUGCAAGGCUGAAAGAGGGCUGCCAUAUAAAUCGCAGCUUGUUGACUUUGACUACUGUCAUCAGAAAGCUAAGCUCGGAGAAAAGAAGUGGACACAUACCCUACCGAGAUUCAAAGCUGACGCGCAUUUUGCAGCUUUCUUUGGGUGGAAAUGCAAGGACAGCAAUCAUCUGUACCAUGAGCCCAGCCCUAACACAUGUAGAACAAUCUAGAAAUACUCUAUUCUUUGCAACCUGUGCAAAGGAGGUCACAAAUACUGCAAAAGUUAACAUGGUUGUAUCAGAUAAGCAUUUGGUGAAGCACCUUCAGACGGAAGUUGCUAGACUAGAAGCAGAACUAAGGACCCCCGACCGCACCUCCUCUUCUGAUGUCCUCAUAAUGGAAAAGGACAGGAAAAUUAGGCAGCUGGAGUUUGAAAUUGAGGAACUCAAGAAGCAACGAGAUAAUGCGCAGUCACAGGUUGAAGAACUACGAAAGAAUACGGGCGAUAACCAGCUGGGGUGGAAUCCCUUUGACUCACCACAAAAAGCCCGAAAGUGCCUCACAUUUUCUGUAUCACUAGAGCCAAGUAACAAAAUUAAGCUGAGUAGCUCGAUUAGGCAAUCAUCUACUGCUCCGUUCAUGUUAAAGCAUGAAAUCCGCAAGCUGGAGCAGCUACAACAACAGCUUGAGGUUGAAGCGAACCGUGCCAUUGAAGUACUUCACAAAGAAGUUGAGUGCCACAAGCAUGGCAACCAGGAUGCUGCAGAAACUAUCGCGAAACUUCAGGCAGAAAUCAGAGAGAUGAAAGCUGUUAGAUCUGAGAACAGAGACGUAGAAAUGAUCACGGAUGAAGGGAAUGGGUCUGAUUUGAAAGAUGAAAUUUCUAGACUUUAUAUGCAAGACAAUGAUAUUGCUAAACUUGAGGCAAAGCUAGAAAAAGUGCAAAGGUCUAUUGACAGAUUGGUGAUGUCACUUCCAAAUGUUAGCAUGCCGUGUAAUGAGACUACCCCGAAGUCCAACAGAUCAAAAAAGAAGAGGAUGCUUCUUCCGCUGGGUGUGAGCAACAACAUAAACAGAGCAGAUCUUCUUAGAGCACCUUGCUCUCCCCACUCUUCUAGUAGGCCUUCAGAAUCAGAAUUUGAGAAUAGGGCUCCAGAGGGUGACACAGUGUCUCAUGAGGGUUCAGAAAAGGCUAUUCCCACCAAGAAUGAAAACGGAGAUAUAUCAUCGCGUGAUGAAACACCACGCUACAGGCGCUCCAGCUCAGUCAAUAUGAAAAAGAUGCAGAGGAUGUUUCAAAAUGCUGCAGAGGAAAACGUGAGGAGCAUCAGGGCUUACGUAACUGAACUGAAGGAGCGAGUUGCGAAACUUCAGUACCAAAAGCAGCUGCUAGUCUGCCAGGUCUUGGAGUUGGAAUCUAAUGAAGGCAAACCGAAUGAUGGCUUGGAAGAGGAAAAUGCUGGGCCUCUACAGGACAGCCCCGAUUCAUGGGACAGAUUAUUCAAGGAGCAGAUGCAGCACAUUAUUCAACUGUGGGAUCUCUGCCAUGUAUCGAUCAUACACAGGACCCAGUUCUACCUGUUAUUCAGGGGUGAUAGAGCUGAUCGGAUUUAUAUCGAAGUUGAAGUAAGAAGACUUGCAUGGUUGCAACAACACUUUGCUGAGGUCGGUGAUGCAAGUCCUGCAGCUGGUGAUGACCCUGCAAUUUCGCUCACCUCAAGUAUUAAGGUGUUGAGGAAUGAGCGAGAAUUUCUUGCAAGAAGGAUGGGCUCAAGGCUGACGGACGAAGAGCGAGAGUGUCUCUUCAUCAAAUGGCAAGUCCCCCUCGACGCGAAGCAGCGCAAGCUGCAGCUCGCGAACAAGCUCUGGACAGACCCCAACGAUCAAGUGCACGUUGAGGAGAGCGCAGAUCUAGUGGCCCGGCUGGUUGGUUUCUGCGAGGGUGGUAACAUCAGCAAGGAGAUGUUCGAGCUCAACUUUGCCGUCCCUACAAGCAGGAAGCCAUGGCUAGUGGGUUGGCAACCCAUUUCAACCAUGAUCAGGGAGAAAACUCUACUUUGGUAAGCAGAUGGUGUCUCUGCCCCCUCAAUGUUCAAAGUCUGAACUGGUUGAACUUCUAGAUUGGCCAAGGUCAGAAGUGAUCUCUCAUCCUUCCUUCCGAUGGUGAAUUCAUGUAGUGGUGCCUACAUUCUUCUGAUCAGUGUAGAAAGAAUUGGAAUGUCAAGAGAAGCAUACAUAUUCUUUUUUU